AUGGCCAAGCUAGCAGUUCUGAUCCUCCUCAUUGCCGUCGCCACCGCCUCGGCCUACAGCUACAGGGGCGACGAGUGCGAGCGCGAGGUGGAGCAGAAGAUGCCGAUGACGAGCUGCAUGAGGUGGGCGGAGAGCAAGAUGAGGAGCGGGCCAUACCGUCGCCGCGGCGGGGAGGAGGAGGAGCAUUUGGAGGAGUGUUGCUCGGAGCUGAGGCGGGUGAGCUCGCAGUGCCGGUGCGGGGCAGUGAAGGAGAUGAUGAUGGAGAUGCCGCAGCAGGUGGAGAUGCAGAGGAUGAUGUGCUCCCUCCCCACCAUGUGCCGGAUGAGCCCCUGCGCCUGCCCCCGCUUCUUCGACUGA